AUGAUCCAGACGCGCGGAUUCUCAGUGGCACGCAGAGUGAAUAAGUCACACAGCGCACAGAGCCUAAUACAGCCAGUGCCGCUCUCAAGCAUAGACACACAAACCAUUCCAACCAGCUACACAAAGCAGCCAAACCAUUCAAAUUACCGUAGGAAUGGACUCGUAGAUGAAUUCAUACAGCUUCAAUCCAUCAACGCACUCCCUUCAAACCUUCUCGUAAGGAGAGACGGCGGGAGAGUCGCCAACGACGGCAUAAAGAGCGAUGUACGCCGCGAUCUCAAGAAGGUAAUGAGGAAUUUGUAA